AUGAUGGGGACUCUCUGUGCUCCAGUUCGAGAUGAAGAAAUUAAGAAACUGAAAGAUAUACAUGAAAUAAUUCCUCUCUUCAGAGCAAUUUUCUCUGUGUUAGACCUAAUGAAAAUGGAUAUGGCAAACUUCACUAUCACUAGUAUUAGGCCAGAAUUAAUGCAGCAGUCUGCUGAAUAUGAAAGAAAGAAGUUUCAGGAGUUUCUUGAGAAACAGCCAAAUUCUUUAGACCUUGUCACACACUGGUUGCAGGAAGCAGCAGAUGAUCUUGCAAAGCUGAGACAUAAAAAGUUCCCUCCCCCCAGCAGUGCUGUUGGUGCUGCUGGUGGAGCUGCUGCGUUGUGCUCCACUGCCAUACAGAAUCAGGCAUAUCUGAAGCUGCUGAAGUGGGAUCACGCAAACAGGCCUUUCCCAGAAACAGUGCUCAUGGACCAGAGGCGCUUUCAGGAAAUACAGCUGGAACUGGAGCAGCUCCUCAAGGCUGGGACUGUCCUGGUCACGUUCAAUGCAGCGGGCGCAGCUCUCAUCGAUGUGCCUGGAUUUGCUGAGAAAAUCAAAACCAUUGUCAGGGUGCUGCUGACAGGAAUGCAUCUCCCCUCCUUUAACCUGAAGGAGUCUUUGGCCACCAUUGGUGAGAAGGUGUGUGCUGAAGUCAACAGCUGCCUUUCCCAGCAUGGCUUUGCACCGUUCACAGCUGAGAAAGAGACUGUGCUGAAAGGACAGAUCCAAGCAGUGGCCAACCCUGAUAACGCCAUCUGUAAACUAAUAGAUUCUCGAAUUCAGAAGUUUCUGGAGCUUCACUUUGAAUCAAGAUCAAUAUUUCAACUACAUUCAUAUCUUUGA